AUGGACCUCCCCACCGUCCAACUGCCAACUCUCAAUCUCCCUCCGGAAGUUCGUACAUUAUAUUCUUUCACGUAUUUCACAUUUUUUUCAGCUUUUAAAGUAUAUUCUGGACGCUCUCGGACCAGCUCCACCUGAACCUCUUCAAAAAGAAGUUUUCUCUCCGAAAAAACAAGCUCUCCUAAUUUCGUAAUCUCUUUCAGCCGUUUAAGCACUUCCCAGUCGACAAGAACUUUAUUGAAAUGCUGGAAUCGCUGAAGCCAGUGGAAGUUCCGUACACGAAGAAGCCGGACAAUCCGAUGACGGAAGAGCAGCACAGGGAGUACCACGCCGGGCGGAUGCGCGAGUAUCGGAGGAAGACGAACGAAACACUCGAGAAGACGAGGGAGCUGCUGAACGGGAUCAAGGCGAAGUUGGCGGUGAAUGUGAUCACGCUCCGGAAUCGUCUGAACAGCACGGACGUCGAGGAGGAAGUGAAGACGAAUGCGGCGCAGUUUCUGGGAAUCGAGAAGGAGAAAGUGCUCGAUAUUCCGGAACUUCUUCACUUUUUUCAGAGUGAGUCCUGUUUCAUGAGUUUUCAAAUUCAUCUCUUGUUUCAGAAUACUGGCAGCGAAAGAAAAUUGUGUCAGAGUUGAAUGUGGAGCAUAAAUCGUUCGUAUACAUGGAAAGAGCUCUCCAGUUGCAGAAACAGUACAGCGAUCACAAAAUGGUGAGUUGUCCUGCCACGAUCGUUCACCGCUUUUUGACUCAGAGAGGAAAAGGUGCUCGAUGUCCUGCUCAGCUCAGCAACAAACUCAAAGACGCGUCAAUGAAGGCGGACGCGUACGAAAAGUUCAUGGUGAAUAUGAUGAUUUGGAGCUUCCAUGAAACAUGAAAGAAUUUCAGGACGAUAAAAGAGUGCGAAAAGUGCUCAAAGAGCUGCAGAUGAAUGAGACGAAACUGAAGGAAAAUGUUGGGCAAUGGAUUCUAAAUCGUGUUUUCGCGCCGACAAUUCCCGCUUUCACGACAUCCGUUUAA